AUGGAAGGGAAACACAAGGAAUUUGAGAAAGCCGGUCUGAAAAGUGGACAUCAGAUAUGGAGGAUCGAACAGAUGAAGCUGGUGGAGGUCCCUAAGGAGCAGCAUGGUAACUUCUAUAUAGGAGAUGCCUAUCUGGUACUCGAAACGGUGGAGAUGCCGCUCUUUAAGAUAUACAGCCUGCAUUUUUGGCUCGGAAGUGAAUGCACUCAAGAUGAGAGCACGGCCGCAGCCAUAUUUACAGUACAGAUGGACGACCACCUUGGUGGAAAAGCUGUACAAUACCGGGAACUCCAAGGAUACGAGAGCAACACUUUUCUAGGUUAUUAUAAAUCUGGCAUCAAGUAUCAGGCAGGGGGAGUGGCCUCUGGAUUCAAACAUGCGAUUACCAACGACCUCACUGCACGACAACUUCUACAUGUCAAGGGAAGACGAGUGAUCAGGGCUACAGAGGUUCCGUUCAGCUGGUCCAGCUUUAAUACCGGAGACUGUUUCAUCGUUGAUGUUGGAGCGGAAAUUUACCAAUGGUGUGGAGAGAAAUGCAAUAAGUAUGAGCGCCUCAAAGCGGCACAGCUCGCCAAUGGCAUACGUCACAAUGAAAGAAAGGGCAGAGCGAAACUGAUCGUGGUAGAAGAUGGAAAUGAGCCCGGAGAUCUCAUAAAGAUUUUAGGUCCAAAGCCCCGGUUACCAGAAGGAGAUGAAGACACCGACCAAGUUGCUGAUGUUACAAACAGGGCAAAGGCGAAGCUGCACAUGGUUUCAGAUGAAAGUGGAUCCAUGGAGAUAACUACAGUGUCAGAGGAUAGCCCAUUCUCCAUGUCCAUGCUGCUGACUGAGGAAUGCUUUAUCCUGUUUGGUGGAGACAAGAUUUUCGUUUGGAAAGGCAAAAAGUCUAAUAAAGAAGAGAAAAAGAUGGCCUUGAAAACUGCUGAAGAUUAUCUGAAGAAGAUGAAUUAUGCUGCCAACACUCAGAUCAUCGUCCUGCCAGAGGGGGGCGAGACCCCAAUGUUCAAACAAUAUUUCAAAGACUGGAAAGAUAAAGAUCAAAGUCAAGGCUUCGGAAAAGUUGUCACCAAAGGAAAAAUCGCGAGUAUAAAGCAAACCGAAUUUGAUGUAAAAUUGCUUCACAACUCUCCAAAAAUGGCUGCGCGGUACAACAUGAUAGAUGAUGGGUCCGGAAAAGUUGAGAUCUGGAGAGUUGAAUCCACUGGAAGAGUCCCAGUAGACCCAGCGACCUAUGGGCAGUUUUAUGGCGGGGACUGUUACAUCAUUUUAUACACUUCUGCUAAAGGAACAGUGAUCUAUAUCUGGCAGGGGAACCAUUCUACAAAGGACGAGAUCACAAUGUCCGCCUUCCUCACGGUGCAGCUAGACCGAUCCAUCAAGGCCGGCGCCACUCACACUCGAGCCUCUCAGGGGAAGGAGCCUCCCCAUCUUCUGGCCAUAUUCAAAGACAAGCCACUGAUCGUAUUCAAAGAUGGCACAUCGAGGAAGGGUGGCCAAGCUCCUCCUCGCCCCAUACGUUUGUUCCAAGUGAGAAAAUCCGUGGGAUCGGUUACAAGGAUAAAUGAGGUUGACGCUGAUGCCUCCUCGCUCAAUGCCAAUGACGCUUUUGUACUGAAACUCCAAAAUAACUCCGCCCUAAUGUGGAUUGGGAAGGGCGCAAAUGAGGAGGAAAUCAAAGGCACAGAAUACCUGGUGAAAACUAUGAAUUGGAAAGGAACAAAAAUAGAAGAGGGCAAAGAGCCGGAUAUAUUCUGGACAACCCUGGGAGGUAAAAAGGAAUAUCAGACGUCUCCUCUACUGGAAUCUCAACUGGACGAUCACCCACCAAAACUGUUUGGAUGCUCUAAUAGAACCGGGAGGUUCUUGGUUGAAGAAGUGCCCGGGGAGUUUACACAGGAAGACCUUGCCGAGGAUGACGUCAUGAUGCUGGAUACCUGGGAGCAGAUAUUUUUGUGGAUUGGAAUUGAUUCCAAUGAUGUAGAGAAGAAGGAAUCUCUGCUGGCAGCUAAACGAUAUCUUGAGAGUGAUCCAUCAGGAAGAGACAAAAACAUCCCGAUCACCGUUGUCAAGCAAGGACAUGAGCCACCUACGUUCACUGGCUGGUUUUUGGCCUGGGAUCCCAAGAAAUAUCAACAAUGA